GUUAGCUCGGACGAACGCAAGAUGGCUACCAAUUUAUGUGAAUGCAAGGACAUCUAGAAAAGUGAUAUCCGUUUGUGUGAUAUUCCAUUUAUAUUGUGAUAAUAACUUUAUAAAUAUUAUCCUAGUUUUUGUGUUUGUGUAUUCUAUAUGUUUCCGUGCAAUUUGUUAUGAGAUAUCGAUGUUAAAAGGGUCAUUUGUGCAAUAUUGCGUUGGAUGCCAUAGAAAAUGUUCAGUGUUGAAUUGUGAUUAUUUAUGCAGUGAUAGCUCUAUUUGGAUCGCAAUGAGCGCUGUUGUUGGAUGAUACCUGUUUUAUAACUGACGCGGGCAUGGAGAAGGCCAAGGCGUACAUAAAGAGCUCGCUCGGCGCGCCGAAACCGGCGUCGCCGUCGCCGUCGCUGGACAAACCGGCGGCGGCGGCGGCGGCCACGCCGGACGACGCGCGCGUCUGCUUCGUCUGCGGCGGCAGCGGACUCGGGGACCAGUACACCGUCCGGGUGAAGCCUGACCCACAGGCGAGCACCGAGCCCUACUUCCCGUUCCUGGGCGCGCACGCGCCGCCGGCCGGCUACCGCGCGGAGCCGGACGACGACGGCGCCGUGCGCUGCUGCUGCGUGUGCUACACCUUCCUGCGCCAGCAGUGGGAGCAGUACGACCGCGAGAACAAGCCGCACAGCCAGCGCUUCUACUGGAUGAAGCGGCUCGACGGGAAGCCUUUCAUCGGCGCCGACAUGUCGUUCCAAGGGGAGUACGCCGCUCAGAUGCUUGGCUUAGCCGGCGGGGGUGAGGGCGGGGCGGCGGGGCGCGCGGACGAGCCGGCCGCCUCCCCUCGCCCCGCGUCGAGGCCCUAUGCGCCUGACACCGCCACCGCUCCCGCCACCGCGCCCGCGCCCGCUCCCGCCGGCUCGCCCUUCAGGAAGGACGAGAAGGAGACCAACCACGUGCCCAAGUUUAAUAAUGUGAGUGAGCAGCGGUUUCCCCCCGCGGGCGCGGAGGAAGAGGGCGUAUUAGACCUGCGGGCGCGGGACCCGUCCGUCAUCUCCGUGGGCUCGCAGCACUCCGGCGCGUCCGAGCCGGCGGGCUACCUGGACGCCGUCAGAUCAACGGUCUCGGUAUACAGUGGCAACUCCAAUUCGAGCUCGGACCGGGACAUCCUGGACUUGUCUAUGCCCGACAAGAACUCUAUGACGGAGGUGUGCUACGUGUGCGGUGAUGAAUACAAGCGCGGGACUCUGUAUAACCUGAACACCAAGGAACCGAAGGAUAAGGCGAACAAACAGGCGUACUUCCCGAUCUUCGGCGAGCAGCACCCGCGGCCGCCGCGCUCGCGGCCCAAGGACGCGCAGGGCACCGUGCGCGCCUGCGCCGCCUGCCACCACCACCUGCUACAGCAGUGGAACACCUACCAGAUGCGAGGAGUGCCAGCGAACGAGCGAAUGUACACAUUACGGACGCGGCCCCCCUCGCUCCUCCCACCCUCCCCUCUUUCCCUCGCGUCGUCCGGCGACAAGUCGUCCCUCGCUGCGGCCACGCACUCCCCCUCCCUGGAAAGGCCCGCCUCCCAACCCCCCGCGCCCCCCUCUACCGCGUCCUUCGUCUGCUACGUGUGCGGAGUCUCCGCCCCCUCGAGCCAGUUGCGACUGGUGUACUGCUGUCCCAACCCUGAGAGGGAACCCUACUACCCCUUCAUUACAACGCUGAAACCGCACUCGGAUGCCAGCCCUAUUAGUCCACAAGGCAUGGUGCAGAUCUGCGCGGCGUGCUACAAGAGCAUCCCGCACAAGUACCCGGCGUACGGCGAGAACGGCGAGCCCAACGCGGCGCACGCCAACUCGCACGCCAACAACAUUAGGUUUAAGCCGUACGAUAUUAAGUCGAGUAGUUCAAGUCAAUCCAACAAGCGGACCUCAAAUGCGCUCUCCAGCAGUCCACAGAGCCAGGCUGUGUCGGAAAAUGGCAUGGGACUGUUCAGGUGCUACGUGUGCGCGGGGCUGUUCCACCAGCAGUCGAUGGAGUGGCUGUCCACCACCGCCGAGUACAUGAACUCGCACGCGAUGCACUUCCCUUGCCUCGCGGCCGCCGGCGCCGGCGCCGGACCACCGGCCCGCGGCGGCCGCGUGCUCGCCUGCUCGCGCUGCGUGCGCCACCUGGCGCGCCAGUGGGAGCUCAUGGACGCCGAGCGCGUGCCGCUCGAGCACCGCAGAUAUAAUAUCCCCUCGCCGUUACCUUCGAAUUCGUCGAUGAACGGCGACCGAGUCAUACCCACCCCACCCUCCACCACCUCAGAAAGAACUGUUGCUAGUAAUAGUGCGUGUACGUCAAUAUACUGCUUCCUGUGCGGACUGCACUCGGACUUCACGUUGGCGCGCAUCCUGUACGGCCAGCCGCAGGGCAACGCGCCCUACUUCCCCUGCCUCCUUACUCACCAGAGCCAUCCAAACGCGGAACAGUUACGGGAAAACGGUUCCGCACUAGUCUGUACAUUCUGUUACCACUCGUUACUAAGUCAGUGGCGAAGGUACGAGUCAUUAGGCGGCUACCCACCCGAGAGGCGAGCGUACAACACGCACGACUAUCACUGCCAUCUGUGUGGAAUCAAGACCUACAGAAAGCGAGUGCGAGCGCUACCUAUAAAGGAAUUCCCAUUUUUAGUGCAAAGGCGGACUGAAAAUUCGUUAUUAUUAGAAAAUGGCGACUACGCCGUAGUAUGUUUAGACUGUUAUGAAAGUUUAAGAACACAAGCGCAAGACUACGAGCGGCGCGGCGUGCCGGUGGAGAAGCGCGAGUACAACUGGCUGCAGCAGCCGCCGCCGCCCGAGGACUCCGCCGACGUCACCAUCGCGCGCCUGCCGUCCGGCGACCGCUCCGACAAGCUGAUCCCCCAAUCGCUGGUGCUGAGCCGGAGCUCGAGCAAGCGCAACAGCCCCAAGGCGAGCGCGCUGCCCGACGCGCGCCGCCCGCCGCCCAAGCUCGACAAGCCCGAUCCAGCGGUGAGCGCCAUUGUGCGGCCUUUGUGCGGCCCUCGAGCGCGAUACCGGCGGCCGCUUUGUGUGCCGAGUGGCCCGCAGUAA